UGCUAGAACAGGUAGCGUUCUACAAUAGCCUCGAGUAACAUGGUAUGCCAAGAUUGAGUUACCUGCUCUACAAGCCAUACCUGUGCUUCGAUUCGAUUAUUCAUCAUGAGACUAACGAAAACUAGGCCUACCUUCCUACUCAGAAGCUAUGGCUUACAUAUCUACGACAUAUAGCCGAUUCGCCUAACAGUUUUGGAGAUAAUUCGUAUUUAUAAGUUAGCGUCCAUCAGGCAAAUAAUCACCAAUAUCGCUGAGCAGUUGAUGACGUAAAGGCAACUUAUUCUUGGAUGAACCUUCUUGGGAUAUAGUGUAGUUAUUUCAGAAUUCUUACGUUCUCAUCAUGACGUUUGUUGUAAGAAUCGGCACACAGCAAGCGAAUUCGCCAACCGGGUCACCACCGCUUGCAAGCCGACCUACUGUCUCCAUCAUCCAGUCAAAACAGCGAAACAACCGUCAGGGUACCACCAUACAGUUUAGGCAACAACAGACACCGCCUCCGGUCAGCGAAGCGCCGCCAUCUUACUCUAGUCAGUUGGCAGUCCCCCAGGAGCCGCCACACGUCGUUCGGUCACCUUCGCCGGUCUCUUAUUCCUCAGAAUCGUACGAUCCAAAUACCGCGAUGACGACUUACAGGAGCGAGUUAUAUAUCCCCAUCAAGCCAGAUGAGAUGACGUUCGAGGAACGCCAGAGGAAGAUGUGGGGAGACAUGGAUCUAAGAAUGGAGCAGAGACGCCGAGAGUGGGAGUCGGAGAUUGAGCACAUGCGGAGAGAGUUCUUCAGUUUGAAGCCAAUCGAUUUCGGCAGCUCUCGGAUGAGCUCCAUUGAGCGCGUGGAUAAUUUGAGGACUUGUUUCGUGAAGGGUGAGGAUGGCUCCCCAAGGUUCAAAGUACGGUUCGACGUGCACGAGUUCAAACCGGAGGAGAUCUCAGUGCAGACGCAGGACAAGCGUCUCGUCGUGAAGGCCCGUCACGAGGAGAGGACGCAAAACGCGACAGUAACCCGAGAGUUCAGCAGACAAGUGGACAUUCCAAAGAAUGUCGAUCCCAAGGCCAUGCAGGCGUCCGUGACGAAAGAUGGCGUCUUGAUCAUUGAUGCCCCGCUGACGUCACCAGAAUAUCAGAUGCUGACGGGCAGUGGCAACAGCUCCGCUCCGACGGGAUCGCUUAUUGAGUCUCCUUUCUCCCUCCCUAUGUCUUCGUCAGGGCUGGGCCCCGGCAUCGUCACCAAACCAGACGGCACCCGCGAGCUCCGCCUUGAAAUCGACGUUGGCACGCAGUACAAACCGGAGGAGAUUACAGUCAAAACCGUCGACAGAAAGAUCUGCAUCAGUGCAAGGCACGAGGAGAAAAUGGGAAACAGAACCUCGUUUUCGGAAUUCAGUAAGGAGUAUGAGAUUCCUGAGAGUGUGGAUCCGUUCACGGUCAAUGCAUAUCUUACGGACACUGGUAAACUGAUCGUUGAGGCGCCGCUACAGAGUCAGCAGCCCCCUUCACCACCUCCUAGGGCGACUGGGCCAAGGUUUAUCGUGACGGUGCAGAGACGAUAGGUGGAGGACGUAUUCAGUAUUCAAGUUGUUCUUAUUCCAUGCGCCUUGAUGGGACUGCACGUUAUCAGAGGCUGGAGUGGGAGGUGUCAUGGACGUUUGGUCCGCGGCGGUGCUGCUGCCCUGCUGUUGAUGCGCACCUGCCAUGCAGAUAUUGCUUUCAUCGGUCACUAUUUUACAUUCAUGCAAAUAUUACAAACUUGAGGGAUCGUGGUGACAUAUCCUUAAAUCAGAUUUACUCGGAUUUAUCUUGCAAUAGGUGAUUCCCUGCGAUUGUUCAUGCCUGACGUUGCUCUCAUAUGUGGUAUCAGAAACUGUCAAAGCCGUCUUCAACAGGAACAUCUCGAAUGGAACCUAGUAUUCCCUCUCCACUUUAAUAAGGUUUGAGUGUCCUACUACCAGGUAUGAUCUGUCAAAUGGCGAGGUAAAUAACACAACCUUGAGCCAUUCGUGUGGAGAAGUAUACUCUACGGUUGCAUUGAUGCAGAGCAGUUGGGAUAAGUAACAUUAAGAGCUGGCCAACCAGGCUAGUUACCACGAACGGAA